AUGUUUAAAUACCUUACAUUGCCAUCAAUGAAAACAAUAACAUUCGAAGACGUUGUAGAUUAUCAGAAAGGUGAUGGAAACUUUACUUACCAUAACGAGGAAUCAAACUACGUAUUUCGAAUUUUUGAUGACUUCACGUGUGGUGCUUUAAACACGGAUACAAUUAAGAACUUAAUGGGAGGUGAAGAAUUUCAGACUCGUGUUUUAAGAGACACAAAACAAAUAUAUCCUGUUCCUUUAGUACUUUUGUUUAACACAAAAGAAUUCCGCAAUUUCGUGUACAGUUUCGGAUCAGAUGACUGGCUUGAGAAAAACUGCAGCAUCUACCCUCCAGUUGAUUUCAAAGAAUUUCGUUCUCUUGGUAACGAAUAUGUAAUACCUUCUUGGAAAGAACCAAUAUUUAAAAUGGAUGACCGUGGUAAUCUGACUGAUGAUGAUUUCCUCCUAACUUCUGUACUAGGAAUCAGUUCAGAAGAACUUGAAAUGAUAUUAAGUACAAAAUACAUGGAAGGAUACCCAAAUUACGUUAAAAUCCAGAAAACAAUGAUGCAGAAGAGAGCAGAGAAGAGUCCAGUUGUCACACAAGUCCCCAUUCCAAUCAGGGCAGUCCAACCAAUGGAGGAAGUCCACCAGAGCAACGAGAUGGAGGUUGAAGUGGCUCCUCCAGAAGACAUGGGGUUCAUCCAAACAGGAUACUCCCAACAAUACAUCUAA